AUGAAAUGCUCAACAUCCAGCAAAAUAGGGAAUAUAGACCACAUAUAUGCCGAAAAGAUUUGGAAAACUGUGCGUUUCAUUGGAAAUGGAAUUGAAGUUGCAGUACAGCUUGGAAGUACACUAGAGACGGAAGUUGGGAAUGCGAAUGGAGAUGACUCGGUAUUCAUGAACGUUGAGUUUCUGUCGAUGGCAAAAGAUAAGCCGAACGACAUUGUAUGUCGAAAAAUCGUUGUUUGGAAAAAAUAUUGUAGGUUCAUUAUUGUGGUUGA